AUGAGAGUCAAAGCUAUGAUGGACAUACCGCCCGAUAAACGUCCUCGUCUCUCCGGUCCGCCUCCAACACCAUGGCAGAACUCACCCGAAGGUUCUCGACAACUCCCUUCCCCCAGUGCGCCGCAGCAGCAUUACCAUCCAAAUCCGUUCUCUCGACCAGCAGAACCUCAUCCACUUGAUCAUCGUCGGCCUUCAGAGCAUUCGCAAUACGACCAUCAAGACCCUCGCAGACCAGGCUCUGGUCCUUCGCAUGGAUAUCACAACGGUCCUCCUCAACCUCCUCCCCCACCAUCAGCUCCUCCAGGCCAGCAGCCUCAGAUACCAUCUUAUGCAGGACAAAGGGACCCGAUGGUGAAGAGGGAUCCGUCAGACGAACCACAACAGUAUAGACCGCCGUCAACAGGUGUAGAUCACAAUGUGAUGCCAUCACCACACCACGAAGGGCCGGGCCGACCAUAUCAUCCGUCCUACGAUCCAGCAAGAAACCAGCAAUAUCAGCCACCGCAACAAGCGAAUCCUUACCCUCCAGUGCAGAGUCCAAUGUCUGCCACGGAACCUUACGGUAACAAUCCGUAUGGACCAGGUGGAGGUCUUCCUCCACCUCGAGAUUUCCAGACAGUAACAUAUCCCACAGCAGCACCAAGAGGACAAGACAUCAGAAAAAAGGCGCAAAGAGCCGCGCAGGCAUGCGAUAGUUGCCGAACGCUGAAAGCAAAAUGCGACGAGGGGCGACCAGCAUGUUCGACUUGCAAGGAAAAGGGCACGGAAUGUCGUUAUCGGGACCCGCCACCAAAACAGCAAGACAAGGCAUCGGCGGACAUCAUGGACAGUUUGGCACGCCUGGAAAAUUUCAUGAGUGGCUUCAACAAUAAAAUUGAACAUGUCAAUAAGAAGAUCGAGCACCUCACGGGUGAGAUGAGAGACAUCAAGCAAGCCCAGAAUGGAACCGUGGCAAGCAGUACGAACUACGACAUGGUGAAAUCAGAGCAAGCAGACGCUGUUCCUGGAAAUCGGGUAGACUAUCCCAGACCGUCCAUAUCCGAGACCCAACCACUACUUUCCAACGAGUCGCCUUAUGGAUCUACGCCGAGUCAACCAAGGGCCCCAGAUAGCUAUGUACCACAAGGUGGCGAGAUUUCAGAAGAGGAAGAUGAGUCAGGGAAUCCGGGCCCAUCGAAACCCCCUUCAAUUCCAGUCAACCAUACAACCGGCGCUGCAAGGUUGCUUAAUGUCCCGGCGAUUAGAGCCCUGUGUCAAGGGGCUAUGGAUAGUUCAAAGAUCAAAAAUGAGAAAUAUCCGAUUUUGCAAGAAGAGAAGCGAGGAUUACUUAGGCUUUUCGGUAGGGGCGAAGGCUAUGAACCUCCUCCAGGUUAUGACAAGGAUCCUUUGGUAGACCAUGGCGCAGAUAGUACCCCCGGGGACUCUCAUUCGGAUGUAUCUUCGCCCGCUGGUGAAGAAUGGGGCCAGCUUGGUGGUCUCACUCCACCUGGACACCAGCCAGACAUCGUGAGGGGAGGAAUUGAUGCUAACGGCAUGCCUGACUUGAGCAGAGAGACAGUCCUCGAUCUGGUUAAGAGUUACAUGGACCACAUCAACAUCAUGCAUCCUAUACUCAUUAAAUCGCGCCUGGACCUGCUUGUAGAGCACUUUUUAAAAUCCAUCCCAGAGAGCCAGGCGAAACCAAAGCAAGUGUCGACUCUCCAAGCCGGGCAUGCGAGUUACAACGGACCUGGGUUUGUGGGAAGUGGUUACCGGAAUCCGGAAAGUCCUGGGAACAAGCGUAAACGAUCUCCAAUUUCAGGCGAGUAUGCAGAACCACAUGCUAUAUUGGAACACAAGCCCGGGCAUCCAUUCCGAUCAAUUGGAUCAGCUAUAGUUCUAUUGGUUAUGGCAUUGGGAAAGAUCUGUCAGCACAAAGGGAAGAUUUCGGAUGCCUGGCAAUCAGACCGCGAUACGGAUAAUUCGUAUGGUAGUUCUCCCACUGUUCGAAAUGGUCACCCGCCAUCACCCGUCCAGAGCUCACCUGGCUUGGGAAUGGCGUCUCCCAUGGAUGGUGAAAGAGGUCAGCCACGGAGCCGCAGAACUUCUAUCGAUGGAGCGUAUCCGGCCAGUCGCUUUGCUCGGCCGAGAAACAUCGAUAUCAUCCCAGGACUUGCAUACCAUGCUCUUGCUACGGAUGUUAUCGGCAACCAACUUGCGGGAAACAGUCUACAGCAUGUACACGCAAACAUCCUCGCUGGACUGUAUCAUGGGCAACUUGCAAGAGUGAUGGAAAGUCACGGGUACAUUGCAGCAGCUUGCCGUAGUCUCCAGGUUAUCCUCAGACCGAAACUCGAUCGACUGAGAAAAAUCAAGGAACAUGGCUUAGUUGUCCCAGAGAAAGAUAACCCACUCAUCAUUGCCUUCUGGACAUGUUUACAGCUAGAAAGUGACAUCGUUGCUGAACUUCCUUGCCCGCACUCUGGGAUUUUGACAUAUGAAGAAGAUAUGCCUCAUCCACACCUGCAAACGGUACAGGAUAGCUACGGAAUCCACAGUGAUGUUGUACAAAGCUACGUUGGGCAAUUGUUCUUGCGCAAACAUCUUAACCAGUUGCACAACAUGUUCUACCGGCCUGACGAAGAUCAACAACAGCCAUUCAACUCCGCCAGCAAGACCAAGGAGCACUUCCCAACCAUCGACGCCUCGUUGGCGAACCUGCGAGACAUCAACGUCAUGGCCGCCAGGAUGACUUGGAAUACAGCUGAAGGUGAACCAGCCACAGACAUAUUGAGAGCCCGAUUGAGGGCCAAAUUUUAUGGAGCAGAGGUCAUAACCUACCGCCAUUUCAUUUUAAAGAUUCUCCAACAGGAUUCAUCAGGGGACGCUGGGGGUCAAAUUGCCCCUGGCUAUCUACCAAAAGUCGAAGCACCUGAGAUCAAAAACAACGUGCAGAGGAUAGAAGAUCUCGAGCCUAAGCUUCUGAACUAUAUAGAGUGUGGGCUCAGAGCUCUUAUCUACAGUACCAGGGCAUUUUAUGGCGUGGGCGAUCCUGGGAAGGAUAGACUUAUUGUCACUAAUGUCUGGGGAACGGCACAUGCGCAAUGGGGAAACGUGGUGACUCUACUAGCGGCGUACAUGAACCCGAUCCUUAACCAGAUUCUUCUCCGAUUUAUCACGGUGGAUGGUCUGCGACAUCUUACUGAGACCACGUUGGCUUUUCUUGCCUUGAUAGCAUCUCCCACAUCGGCCCUGCAUUCCGACUGGAAGAUUCUCAAGUACAUGGGCCAGAAGACUGGCAUCACGCCACCUCAAGGACCGAACACGGGUUCAAGCUUCUCAAGUUCGACUGUAGGCGAUGUUCCAAUGAGCGGGCACUGA